AUGGAAUCUCUGGUGGUACUCCUGCUGUUCUGUUUCGGUAUAGCAUCGUGUACCAACUGCCAAGACGGGGAAUCGUUUGAUCAAACCCGUUACUGUCUGGUCGACGGGUUUAUGCCGUGGGUCAACGCCACCGCCGCAUGCUCCCGCAUGGGAGGCAGCUUAGCAGUACCCAACUCCCCCGCCGAGCAGACAUUCCUGUACGACUUUGCCGCCCAAAGAUUUGGAAGAUCCAACGGCAUCUGGAUCGACUGCAACACCCAGUCGAUGCAUGCUGAUGGCACUCCUUGCGAGUACACCAAUUUCCAGAAUACGCCUGGUGAUUCCGAUACCGACGCCGGUCAAGGCAACGCAGCCAGUUGCGUACAGAUGUAUUUAUACAGCGGUAACUGGUUCGCCAUUGGCUGCAGCAGCGUCUUUUUCGCCAUUUGUGAGCUCCCGUUUCUUGAGGAAUCUACCGAGAAGAUUCUGCCGUCGAUGGUUUGCAUGGAAUUCGGCGCUGAUGGUCGUCUUCACCCAUAG